AGAAGGAGGCUCUUGAAUCGAAAACCCUAAUCUUUGUCCUUCUCUUUUUGAUCUUAGAUCGCUAUAUUAUUGAGUUUUUCCAAUGUGGGCGUAGCUGUUAGUGCGGUGAGAGAUGGAUUGGCAAGGGCAAAAACUGGCAGAGCAGCUGAUGCAGAUCCUGCUCUUGAUCUUCGGUGUCAUCGCAAUUGUUGCGGGAUAUUCAAUGGGUUCGUUUAGGAUGAUGAUGCUGGUCUAUGCAGGUGGCGUGGUUCUCACCACUCUGAUCACCAUUCCUAACUGGCCGUUCUUCAAUCGUCACCCUCUCAAGUGGUUGGACCCGAGCGAGGCCGAGAAGCAUCCCCGACCACUAGCAACCACGACUUCGAAGAAGAAAAACUCAAAGAAGUAGGCUUUGCUUUGAUAUCUUGUGUUUCUUCAUCUCAAACUUUAGACAUAACUAGACGGGAGUGUUGUUUUUUGGACAUCAGAUUCUCCAAGACAUUCAAAUCUUUAUAUUGAUGGUCCCAUUGUAAUGAGUUGAAAUGUUUCUGGAUUGUGAGCCUAAUAAACUUGAAAAGGUCUUUACUUUAUUACA